UACUGCUUCUGGAGAUUAUAGCUGCGUUACGUUGCAGAAACUACUUUUGAGGGCUUGAACUCUAUACCUCAGGUAUUUGUGAAGUUGGAGAAGGAACAAUGGCGAAAAGUGAUGUUAAGCUUCUGGGGGCUUGGACUAGUCCCUUUGUGAUGAGGGCAAGAAUUGCCCUUAACAUCAAAUCCGUGGACUAUGAGUAUCAGGAAGAGAAUUGGCUUGUGUCCAAAAGCGAGCUGCUUCUUAAAUCAAACCCUAUUCACAAGAAAGUCCCAGUUCUCAUCCAUGCUGACAAUCCCAUAUGUGAGUCUCUCAUCAUUGUCCAGUACAUAGAUGAGGUUUGGUCCUCUGGUCCCUCCAUUCUUCCUUCUGAUCCUUAUGAUCGUGCCACAUCUCGAUUUUGGUCUGCCUAUAUUGAUGACAAGUGGUUUCCACCCAUGAUAGCGUUUCUUUUUGCGCAAGAAGAGGAUGCCAAGAAAGCAGCAAUCGCACAGAUGGAAGAAAGCCUAGUGCCGUUGGAGGAAGCAUUUGGGAAGUGUAGCAAAGGAAAGGCUUUCUUUGGAGGUGAUCGAAUUGGGUUCCUUGACAUUGCAUUUGGGUGCUUCUUAGGGUGGUUAAGAGUCAUAGAGAAGGUUGGUGGGAUUGAGCUGCUCAAUGAAACCAAAACUCCUUCUCUGUUGAAAUGGGCAGAGAGGUUUUCCUCUGACACUGCUGUCAAGGAACUCAUCCCUGAUACUGAUAAGCUAGCAGAAUUUGGGAAGGCGCUUCCAGAGUUUGGAAAGGCGCUUCAAGCCAAAAUGAGGGCCAAUAAUUAAGUCAUUGUGUGGAAUUUGCUUCUUUGCUGCCUAAGAAGUUUUAAGUGAUAAGAGAUCAUCCUUGGAUUCGACUCCUUGUGCUUUGCCAUCGGCAAAAACAGGGUGACCCCAUUCUUGGGAUGCAAACAAAAGCCAGUAUUUCUUAGCUUGUUUUGUUAUGAGUGUCAGUAUGUCAUCUUAGUGUUUUGCUUCUUUCUAAUGUCAACGUCCUGUGCUUGUUUAAGUCUU